AUGUCCCGCGGCGAGGCGCAACAGAUGGAACGCGAUAUUCCGGCACGGCUCAAGAAACCUCACAAGAAGAAGGAAAGGAAGAAGGCCGAAGCCGCUGAGUCUGCCGCCGUCGCUGCUGCUGCCGUUGCUGCGUCCGCUUCCGCCGCCAAGUCCAGAGAGGCCCGCUACGUCCCCAGCCCGUCAUCCGGCGGCGUCCCCGACCCGACCCCGGGGUACAUAGCGCGCGCCCUGUCCCCGCCGUCGCGCCUGGCAUCCCCGCGUCCGAUCCUGGUGGUGAUGGAUCUGAACGGGACCCUGCUGCACCGACCCUCCCGCCACCGGCCCUUUGACUUCGUCGAGAGGCCUCACGCCCGACGCUUCCUUCAGUAUUGCGUCGACACAUUCCACCUGGCCAUCUGGUCGUCCGCCCGGCCUGAGAACGUCGACAAGAUGGUAUCCCAGCUGCUGACCCCGGAGCAGCGGGGCCGCUGCGUCGUCGUCUGGGGCCGAGACCGCUUCGGCCUGAGCGGCGACGACUACAACUCCCGCGUGCAGUGCUACAAGCGCCUCGGCAGGUUGUGGGAUGACCGGGACGUCAGGCGCUCCUACCCGGGUGACCCCGACGCCGGUCGUCGCUGGGACCAGACAAACACCGUCCUCGUGGACGACUCCACCGAGAAGGGGAGGUCUGAACCCUUCAACAUCCUCGCCCUACCCGAGUUCUCUGCCACCUCCGACGAGUCUACCCAGGUCCUGCCCCAGGUCCAUGACUACCUCAACGACCUGUGCUGGCAGUCGGACAUCAGCAGGCACAUUCGCCAGAACCCCUUUCGUCUCAAUCCGAAUUACUCUUUGCCUGCAUCAUAG